AUGGCCGACAACAACGAUGCUUCCACGACUAUCGUGGAUCUUCCACCAGAGCUGAUCGUACGCGUCGGGAGCUAUCUCACCACUGCAGAACUCGGCCCACUCCGUCGGUCGUGCAAGCAGAUCGAGGCCAGCCUCUUCGACAACUUCGCCAGCGAGUUCUUCACCAAGCGCCAAUUCAUGGUAGAGCACCACAGCUUGGAGGCGCUCGUCGGUAUUGCGAAUCACUCUGGACUCGCUUCUCGACUUACCGAGGUCCUCGUCGGUACACAAAUCCUCGCAGGCGAAGCCCUCUCGCCUCAGGAUGAUUUCCUCGCCGGUCGUUUGACGAGGGACAUGCUGCUGUCCUCCGGCAUGGCCCGAGAUAUGCUUGCUGAUGCUUUCUCCAAAUUACCCAAUCUUCGUAUUGUAGGUCUUCGCGACUACGAUGGGACAGGCCGGAUUCGUGACGGGCCAGAAGCGAGAUGGAGGUCGUGGGGUUGGAAUACAUCUUCCACUAUGCUGCAGAACGCCUUGCCAGAGUCUUUGUUACCUCUUUUAAUCUCUGCUCUGGACGCGGCGAGAGCACGUCCAGAAAACCUCGAAGUGAUCCUCCGCAGGUAUCCGCUCAAACCGAAAUCACUGGAGAUCGCUUAUCAUACGAUGAAGGCAGCCACACCUUCAUUCCUGUCGAGUCUGAGAGUUCUGUUCUUAACACUCCAACACUAUCUGGACGAUUCUCAUGCGUCUGCACGACCGUACGACGAAGGCAAUCCCUUUGAUGCCCCACUCAAGCGCUUCAUGCACUCGCUGUCCAGUCUGGAGCACCUGAGGCUCAACUUUCGGCAUCCUAAUAAAUGGCCUCGACACUUUCUGGAUUGGCUGGGAAGGCCUGCUUCAUCUCCAUCGGUUGCAAACCAGCUGCCGGUCCCUGCAGUCCAGCUGCCGAAUCUCACGUCUCUCGAACUCGGGAUGGCCACCGUCACCGGUCCCACACUCGUCCGAGUCCUGACGAAGUUCGAUCUGAAGUUGUUUAGUCUCUGGCGUAUAGCGAUCGAAGUUGCGGAUGGGACGAAAGACUAUUGGUCUGAAAUCUUUGCAGAGCUAUCGAACGAUUUACCGCCUUCGUCUCGUCUUCGCACCGUCAAGCUUGGUAAUCUCUCGCAGGCCCAAAAGCCGGGUCAUUGGACAAGACCUUUUGGGACAUACUUCGUCCCCGAAGGCACGCAGCCUCACUUGAAGAAAGACGCACAACGGGAGGCAUCGGCCGACUUCAAGGCUCAGUUCACGGGAAAGACCGUUCACCAGUGGUUGAAGGAGCUUUCAGAGCGCACCUGGGUGCCUGAUAUGCAUCUCAGGCCAGAUCCCGAUUCAGACAGCGACGAUGGGGGUGCCGAUAGCGAUGAUGUCGACGGAGAAAACGAGGACGACGAUGAAGACGAGGAAGAUGAGUAG